AUGAACGGGUUAAGUUUCAGUGAACUCUGUUGCCUGUUUUGUUGUCCACCAUGCCCGGGGAAAAUCGCGGCUAAGCUCGCGUUUCUGCCUCCUGAACCUACGUAUGCAUUCACACCUGAUGAGACAGGAUCGAAAUUCUCAUUGACAUUGACUGAACGAGCAGAAUGGCAAUAUUCGGAACGGGAAAAAGAAAAUAUCGAAGGUUUUUACUCGAGAACCACGAGAGGCAACAGAAUAGCUUGCCUCUUUGUUCGAUGUAGUCCAAAUGCCCGUUUUACGAUAUUAUUUUCACAUGGAAAUGCCGUAGAUCUCGGUCAAAUGAGCAGUUUCUACUUAGGAUUAGGUACUAGAAUAAACUGUAAUAUAUUCAGCUAUGAUUAUUCUGGUUAUGGUGUGAGUGGUGGAAAGCCGUCAGAGAAGAAUUUGUAUGCGGAUAUUGAUGCUGCGUGGCAGGCGCUGCGGACUCGGUAUGGCAUCAGCCCCGAGAAUAUAAUACUGUAUGGACAAAGUAUUGGAACAGUACCUACUGUGGACCUGGCUGCUCGCUAUGAGGUGGGAGCUGUUGUGCUGCACUCUCCUCUCAUGUCUGGAAUGCGAGUUGCCUUCCCGAACACUAAGAGAACAUGGUUCUUUGAUGCUUUCCCGAGUAUCGACAAAAUUCCCAAGGUGACCUCUCCUGUUCUUGUUAUUCAUGGAACUGAAGAUGAGGUGAUAGAUUUUUCUCACGGGCUAGCAAUAUACGAACGCUGUCCUCGUGCUGUCGAACCACUAUGGGUGGAGGGUGCUGGACAUAAUGAUGUUGAACUUUUCAACCAAUAUUUGGAAAGACUGAAGCGUUUUGUGUCAGUAGAAUUGCUCAACUGACAAAGACUGCCGGCCCCAGGCCAGACAACUCAAGGUGACGACCAAAAUCCCGCAUCGACACUGAGCUCCGGCACCUCCAGUUCAGCGACAGAGAGACUCCUCUAGCUAGCGGGGGCCGGGCCCAGCCGGGCCGGCCCCAACAAAAACUCAGCAAACGCUAACGGCUCUGUGAGUCCACACAAUUAUAAAGAAAACAAUAAAACAGACAAUAACGAAAUAGGUUCUACCGAGCUGAAACCCUCAGUCGCUCAUAACAUCAGCAUUAACGUGACUGACACAGACUCGCCUACAUGCGUUCGAAGGCGGAUUCAUCUACGAUCUCUUAGCGAUGUGACUCCGACCAGUCGAACCCACACGCCGCGAGCUCGGUCCCACUCGGAGCGUCCGCGCGCCUCCCCCGCGCCGUCCCCGUCGCACGUGCCGCAGUCCCCGGCCACCGUGCUGGCAGCGCCCGCUACUGCGCCCGCCACUGCGCCGGCCGUGUUACUGCCGCGCAUCGUACGCAGCGAGCGCUCGUCGCCCGAUGCGUCGUCGCUUGCACUCGACGAUGGCACAGAAACACGCCUACGCAGUCGUGAUCGAUCUGGCAGCGAUGCCGUCACCGUCCUGGGUAAUCCGUGGCGUAAAAUGAGUGACGUCGAUUUGAACGCAUCCGGUAGUCGUAGUCGUGCUGCAGGUCGCGGUGCGCUCGACCCUUGGGUAAGGAAUCCUACUCUGCGUCCUGACAAAAAUAGUGAUGUACCUAAAUCACGAGAAGAUGUAACUCGAGCGGUAUCAGACUCGGAACAAAAACGAGAGGUGCCUACUUUCAAACGAGGUAAGCUUGAGCGUCGAUCGCCUGUAGUGUGCGAGACCUGCGGCAACGAGAGCUGCGAGUGCUGGCGCACGGGCUGGGCGCGGCACGCGAGAGCGGCGCGGUCGCUGGGCGCGCAGUGCACGUGCGACGGGCGCUCGCCCCGGCCCUCGCCCGCUCGGCUGCGACCACGCGCUCCUCCACGCACUCUGUCCGACGACGAGGAUCGGCCGCGACGUCUUUACAAGUCUGCCUCGCAGAAGAUGAUAUGCACUUCGAUCGACGGAGAUCGAGUGAAAAAGCUCGCUGACCCGCUUUUGGAGACGACAUGCUGAGGUGGUGGACGACGAUAGUGCGACACGAGGAUCCCGCCUGCGCCACCGCGUCACGCCUGGCGUCUGGGAGGAAUCGUUUUGUGUACGGUGUGUGUUGUCCCUUUUUGAUGUAUGAGUAUUAUUAGUGCGAAUUUUGUAUCCCUUUAGUAAAUAAGAUUUCAAAAUUUAUUAUUGUACUGUAUAUUAAUAUUUGAUAAAUAUAAAAGUAUGCUCGUGUUAUGAUAAUAUGAUAAAAUAUGAAUGUUUUUCAUGAAUAUUGUAUAAUUAUCUUUUACUUCGGGAGGUUGUGCGUAAUUAGAAAUUCUGCAUCAUUUGGAAGUAUUUAAAAUUUUGAUUUUGUAAUUCAACCUUUGGUCGUUUAAAUUAAUUGAUCCAGUUCCUAUAAUGUUUUUUUUAUUCUGUAUUGAACACCAAAAUGUUAACGCACAAUACCAUAGUAGUUCUCUUACAUAUUAAACCUAUCCAUGCAUCUUCCAUAAAAUGUAAAUAUUUUUAGGUAUGAAGUAAACAUAUUUAUAGUUGUAAUGUCAAAAUCUGAUUGUAAUACGAAUACAAUACUUUAUUGGGAAAUUAAAUCAAUUUGAUAGGCAUGGUCAGUUUCUAUCAUACAUUCCACAAACAAAUUUUUAAAUUUAAAUUUACUUUCCAAAUUCUAAAAUGCUUUCUUUGUGUUCUUUACCAUUAACAACUUGAAUAUGAUUGAUUAGCCAUUAUGAGCUGAUCAAUAUUUCAAAUUGGAAGUUUAUAAUUUGUUUUGUGACUGAAUAUGUUGCCUGAACACGGUAUGUGUCAACGAAAAAAGAAAAUGUUAUCCUCAGUAAUAUUAGUUUUAGAAAACGUUUAUUUAACGGUUUUAUACUAUUGACUGGGUACCUUCCUUAUCGCAUGCACCUAUUGAAACUGUAAACAUUUAAAUACCGAAACUACCAAUGCCCCGUUAAUGUAGGUAUCCAAGGUUUUUAUUUGUUAGUAGAGUUAAUUUUAAUAUUUGUGAUUAGAUGACCGAAAUACUUAACAACCAAUUACAAUACAAGAGACAGUUGAACACUGACGGUGACUUUCUGAGACCGGUUGUGCCUAGAACUGAAUUAUUUGCACACACACAUUCUCUAACAUUUUAUGUAUUUUAAUGUUUAGUUAUAAUUAUCGUUUAGAUUUUUUUUGUCAUUUUAUUGGUCUUCAUGUUUAUAAAUCGUUGCUAAGACUGAGUCUUGUGACACGCGGAGAUACGGUUUAAAUUAUAAGUUUAGUGAGUAAUAGGGUUCCAUCAUACGGUGUUUAAAAAUAUGCAGUCAUAUUGAUGCAAGUCUCAAUGAAACAGCUACAAUAAUAAUUCGUCAUCCAUUAAUAGCUUAUUCAUUCUCGUUGGCGCACUUAAUGUAUUGGUCUCUUUAUGAUUUGAAGCGUAUUGACGUCAUUGUAUCAAUCUCUAUACGAAAGAAUUAAUUGUUAGACAGUAGGUACUUCCACGUUCCAAUAAUAUAUAGGCCAAGAGCAAUUUAUAGAAAACACUACUAACAUAAUAUCUGAUUUCGAAUUAUAAGUAAAAUAAAAAACAAUGUAAAAUAAAAGUGGGCUGUAAUGAUGUAAGCAUGCCAUUUUUGUUUCCUACCAAAUUUUAUGUCAAUGGAAUAAAUAUUUUAUAAUGUGGGCAUCAUCUUCUCACUUUGUUUAUACUGAUUUUUUUUUAUAAAUUUAUUAUUAUUUUUAGUACCAUUUUAUUUUAUUCGUCAAUUUUAAUUGAUGCGUACUUGUUGAAUGGAUUCUAGAUGAAUUUAUUUUAUAUAUAAGUGAUAUGAGUACGUUUUUAAUUAAAAUAUAUUUAAUUAUUAUGAAAUAAAUCUUUUUGUUUAAAUAGUCUAUUUUAACCAUAAUUUAUUUGAAAUGUUCUUCAUUAUGCAUAUUAAUAGGUACUAAUCAAUGGCUCACAAAAAAUAAAUAUAACUUUCUAUUACAAAACUAUGAUAAAAGACCAAUGAAGUACUUUACAAGAGAGUUAUCAACCCUAUAGACUGAACACCAUGAACUUCUACAAAUAUUUUUUGUUCUCUAGCAUUUCCUUUAAUCUACUGCUGAAAAGCUUAUAAGGAUUGUAAUCUCUUAGCCAACCCUGUUUUACUUGCUGCCUUUUUAACUUCAUAAAGAAAUCGCUCACAUUAUAAAAUAGUAAUUGAUGAUGUUGUGUACUGUCGGAACUGUGAUCAUUUUAUAUAACGUAGGCACCUACACAUCUUGCAUAAUUAUGUAGGUCUAAUUGGUUGUAUAGUGCAUGCAUACUCAUGUGGAAUAAUAGCGCUGAUAACAAAAACACGACAGGCAGAGUUAGGUACCUGCCUACAUUUCCAAUUUUACACUCUCAUUAUCGACAUAUAUAUAUAAAUACAUUUUACUUGUUUUAUAUCCACUAAGAAGGUACCUAUUUGUUUUAAUGUAAAAACUCAGUACUUAAUAUUUUUAGACAUAGUUUGAGCUGGAUUUACUUAUAUCUACGUGAAAUCAGCCAAAAGAGGCAUAUACAAAUAAGUAACGAUGCAUUACUCAAUUCAAAUUAAUCUCACUUAGAUUUACACAUCUACUUCUAUAGUUGAAGUGCAGAUGUCCAUGAAAAGGUUUUACCUUCUGAAGGACAAAUUGUGACCAAACAAGUAAUUGUGAUCUGAUAUGUAGUUAUUACCUAUUUUUUGCUUUGUUUCUAAUGUUGGAAUGCCAAAAUGUUAUAAAACUAUAUAUGUAUAUUUUUACAUUUAAAUAUCGGUUAUUAAGCCAUUAUAUAUCUAGUAUUAGCCUUUCUGCGAUUGACAUUGGAAGUCUUGGGUCAAAUAAACACGGUCGGAGAUAUUAAUAAUUAUAAUUUGUACUUAGAAUUUAUCAAGCAAGCAAUACACAUUUGAUAAAGCUUGAUAAAUAUACAUGAAUGCACUGGGUAAAUGAAGUUAAUUCAAUCUGGAAUGUUAUUAGAACUGUACGAAAUCUGUUAAAUCACACGGAUUAUAUAGAUAUAGAUAAUCAUGUAAAUGUAUUGUAGGUAGCAAAAAAUAACUUAUAACAUUCUAAAAAUAUACAUUUUAGAAUGAUGUAAGUAGUUAUGGGAAGUUUAUCUGGGGCCCAAAUGUAAUUUCACAUUUUAUGUUACCACAUAGCUGCGCCCACCCUUAUCCAUUAUAUUAUGAAGCUACCCAUCUGUUAUUUCUUUGACAAUAAAAUUGUUCAGUACGAGUCUAGCAGCAGGUCACUAUGUAUCAACGUAAUAACUUUGUACUAGAGAAUGCCAGUUGGGUAAUGAUUUUAACUUGAUGUACUUUACCAAAUGAUAUAAAAAUGUUAGCGGUCACGCUAAUGCUGAUGUAGGCGGUUGACCAAUUUUUCACGCCUGAUGGUUGGAGAUAUGAUCAACAGCAAACAUAGCAAAACAUAACCACAUAAUAUUAAUAAUAUACCGACGAUACAGUAAAGUUGUUUAUUUGGUCUCGACAGCUAUAUUAUGAUUAAUGAAUGUUAUCUCUAAAUUGUAAAAUAAGAGGUAAAUUACUUUUUAAUAAACUAAUUAAAUUGCACAUAUCUAAAAUA